ACUCACUCCUUUCCUAUUUCUUCGCUUUGCGUGCCUUCCUUCCUUCUUAUCUACUUGUAUCCCACAAAAAGCUACUUAAUACCAUUUAAUAAAGACCCCAACUUUCUUGUGUCUUCUCUCUUAUCAUCUUCGCUGUGAUCUCUCUGUCUCCCUCUCUCUUAUCCAAAAGAUUAGUAUAAAAGGAUCGAUCUUUCCUUGUGGGUUCUUCCAUAAAACUUCGAUUCUCGACUAUGGGUUCGUCUGUGGAGCAGAACAUUCUCGUUACCGGCGGUGCUGGAUUCAUCGGGACGCAUACCGUCGUCCAGCUUCUCAAAGAGGGGUUUAAGGUCUCGAUCAUCGAUAACCUUGAUAACUCUGUUAUCGAAGCCGUUGAUCGGGUUAGGGAGCUCGUUGGUCCUGAUCUCUCCAAGAAGCUCGAGUUCACUCAGGGUGAUCUAAGGAACAAAGGGGACAUUGAGAAACUCUUCUCCAAACAGAGGUUUGAUGCUGUGAUCCAUUUCGCGGGUCUCAAAGCUGUGGGUGAAAGCGUUGGCAACCCUCGCCGCUACUUUGACAAUAACUUGGUUGGAACCAUCAAUCUCUACGAGACCAUGGCAAAGCACAACUGCAAAAUGAUGGUGUUUUCAUCGUCUGCGACUGUGUAUGGACAACCUGAGAAGAUUCCAUGCAUGGAGGACUUUGAGUUAAAAGCUAUGAACCCUUAUGGUCGCACAAAGCUCUUUCUUGAGGAGAUAGCUAGAGACAUCCAGGCGGCGGAGCCAGAGUGGAGGAUUGUGCUGCUGAGGUACUUCAACCCUGUGGGUGCACACGAGAGUGGAAGAAUUGGCGAGGAUCCAAAGGGUAUCCCUAAUAACCUCAUGCCUUACAUACAGCAAGUAGCUGUUGGACGUCUGCCUGAGCUCAAUGUUUACGGACAUGACUAUCCUACCGAGGAUGGUAGUGCGGUGAGGGACUACAUCCAUGUGAUGGAUUUGGCUGAUGGACAUAUCGCUGCGCUAAGGAAGCUGUUUGAUGAUCCAAAGAUAGGCUGUACUGCCUACAAUCUAGGGACUGGAAGAGGAACGUCUGUGUUAGAGAUGGUUACAGCUUUUGAGAAAGCUUCUGGCAAGAAAAUACCGAUCAAGCUUUGUCCGAGAAGGCUAGGAGAUGCAACGGCAGUUUAUGCCUCAACAGAGAAAGCUGAGAAAGAACUUGGCUGGAAGGCAAAGUAUGGAGUGGAGGAGAUGUGCAGAGACCAGUGGAAUUGGGCAAACAACAAUCCAUGGGGUUACCAGAAGAAGCGUUGAACUUUACUCUUCCUCUCUAAUCGCUCAAUAUACAAAAGAAAAGUGUUUACAUACACACAUCAUAUAUAGUUUGCUUUUAGUUUCCAUGUAACCGAACGGGUCUGUUUACUUCUAUGAAUAAAAUAGCUAGUUGAUGAUUC